AUUUAAUGUUGUGCCGUCCGCCGCUAGUGAAACUAGAGCCUUAGAAGGGGAUGCUGCCAAUACCAAUGCCAUUGCUGGACACCAUGGACGGGCUGUUGUCUUUGCUUUUAGGUUGGGAUCACCUUGAAAAUGCCUAGGAAGAGUGCAAAUCAGAAGAAAGUUGCCAGCGCAAGCGCAGCCAGGUGGAAAGCCCAAAAGCAGGAGAAGGAGCUAGAGGCCUUGCGUGUAGAGGUUGCUGACACUUCAGUCACACUUGAAGCAGCUGCAGCCUCUCACUCCCUACAACUGACUCAAGAAAGGGCUCUUCAUGCUGCUGAGAUUGAGCAGGUUAGACUUGAAUGUGAAGCAAAGCUCCAAGAGCAAAGAGAAGAAAAAGCAGAACAGGUUGCUUGCCUGACUGAAACAUUGGCAGAGUUGAUUGAACUGCAUGAAACUCUUCAAGCAGAUGCUUUAGAUUAUGAGGCCCUAGAAGAAGAGCGUCUUGAUGCAGAACUGCAGAUUGAGGAGCUAAAGGGCUGCUUAUCGAGGAAAGAGGUUGAAGUUGAAAGUCUGAACGACCAGAUCGCUGUCACAGUUGAGCAGAGACGUUUGCUUAUUGAAUCACUUACUGCUAGAGAGUCUGGGGGCAUAAGCACCGAAAAAGUAAGGCAGCUUAUACUGCUCUUGAUCAAGAAAUCAAAAACUUGAUUCAACAAAAGAAUAGGAUGGUCAAGAGACUUGAGAAAGCGAGGGAGCAGAGGGAGGCUGGUCUUCUGCUCAAACUCACUAAUACAGAGUUGAAGUUGGAGCUCAAAGCUAAAGAAGCAGAUCUGUUUGAACUUGAGGCAACUCAUGCAGCCCAUGAUCUUGAACUUCUAAAGCAGGCAAAGCAAGAAGCAGUGGAUCAGAUUGAGAAACUCGUGCACGAGAAUAGACUAUCUCGAGCUAGGGAGGCAUACGCUAAGGACAAGAACUCUGAACUUAGGACUGAAGUGGAAGAGAAAACCCAUCAGUUAGACGAAGCUUUGAAGAAACACAAGCAGGAUCUAGAAAACCUUUUGAAAGGCACCAACGUCAACACUAAGCGAGGGCGCAUCUUUACUGACUCUGUUAGGACUGUGUAUUACAAACUGAUCGCCCUCAACGUUCCAACGAACAGAAUCCAUGAAAUCAUUAGAGCAAUAUUGGGGGAGUUUGCUCCAGAUGUAAAGCUUGGAAACCUGCCUUCAAGAACCACUGCAUCGCACUUCAGGAAAGAGUGCGUAGGACUUGCAUAUCAGCAGACAGCAGAUAUCCUUGGAGGGUCCGGCGCGCAUAAGUAUCAGACUCUAAAUGUAGACGAGGCUUCUAAGCAGAAGAAAGGUUUUCUUGCGACGGUGCAGACCACCAUCAUUGAUGGUCAGCGCAAGUCGUUCGUCUUGGGUUUGAAAAGGACGUUCCACAAGACGGCAGUAGGCGCGUUGGGUAACUUUGAGAAGUUGCUUGAGGACAUUCAGCUUGUCAAUAGCAGAAGACUGGGACCUGGGGAGACGCUCAGACUGAUCGUCAACAUUCUUGAGUACACGGUGAACUCCCAAACAGACCGGGGCGCUUCUGUGCUCAAGUUUGUCACUGAACUCUUUCCAAAGUUCCGCGCAACUUUCCUUGCAAACUACAAGGAGGGGUGGGCCGACUUGACUCCUGAACAGCAGAAGCGUCUUUCAACAAUUGUUGCGCACGAUUGCAACAAUCACUUCUGGCACAAUGUUGGCGUCGCGGCUCUCAAAGGUCUGCAUGACUUUGAGAACACCUACUUUGCUGAGGCAGCGGCGGCGGUCAGGGGCAAGGGGCAUGCUUGCGCGGCUGAAGCUGCCGUCUGGGCGGCCAUGAAGGACUUUUCUUGGCGCGCUUCCGAACAAUCCGGCUUCGGGGCGCAGGUUCUCAUUGAGUGGCUGGAGCAGAUGACAGACAAGCAUUUCGAGGACGCCGAUUUUAAGGCGCAGCUCGGAAACCGCUUCAAUGUGGUUUACGAGAAUGCUGGUGGGCUCUACCACCUAUUGGACGGCAUCCUGGGCUUCUAUGAAGAAUCUUCGAGCACCUCAGCCGCAACGGGCGGCUACUUCAACCUACUCCAUGUGGCGGUGGCUGCUCAGCUGUCCGAUCCUGUCAUCCAGGCACAACUCCGCGUCAUGGGCCUCAUCAACGCCCAGAUCUUUCACCCCUGGUUCAAGAGGAUCCACCAGCAUGGCAACAUUUUGGCGCUGAACGCACUGUACAAGAAGCAACGGGAGGACCUGGCGGCGCUGGUGGAAGACCCGUCCCAUUUCAUGGACGGCUCUUACCAAGCACUGCCGGACCUGCCGACAACCAGAGACAAGAUUUUCGAGUCUCUCAUAGCCCCAAGUGCGAACGACGCGAUGGUGAAGGACAUGCUCGUGUACAGCCUCGGAGCGGUGCUUGCCUACCUGCAAGUGGUGAAGGAGCAGUACCUGCCGGGAGGAGACUUGUGGGAGCCGGACGAAGAGACCUUUCGGAUGGCAGAAUCGGUGCCGCUGCACACGGAUAGGGUAGAGGGGGUUUUCGCUCAAGUCGAGUCGAUUCUCCGGAGGUCGCCGCGCAUGAGCAUGCUGACCGCUGAAGGGCAGGUGCUCGUCACUGCCAACAAGACCAUCGCUUGGUUGGUGAAGCAGGCGGACAAGGCGGACAUCAUCACAGCGGCGCGCAAAAGCGUGUCGGGCUUGGAGAAGAGCGCGAAAGACCAGGAGACCGAGGGGCGUGAAGACCGCCAGGCGGAGCGCGCGCGUGUGCUCGCUCUAGCGGCCCAGAAGCUUCUCGCCGAGCAGGUCGAACGUGCCCGUCUGUGCGACGCUCUGGAGGAGCUUCGCUGGUGGAAGACUGCGGACGACAUCGACGCAGGGCUGGCUCGAGUCGAGGUGAAGCUCCGUGAAGAGAGUCCCGACCUGCACGGGAGGUCGUUCGAUGCUGCUUUGAGGGGGGAAAAGAAGGACGCGUUGAUCGUCCAGCUGCAAGGGUUGCAGAAAAUUAGGAAACUGGGGGCGCCGGCAGGGAACCCAAGCGCGUUUCAGAAAAGCAAGGGGGGUAAGGACUUUACAGUGGACGAAUUGAUAGCGAAUCUUCUCAGCGUCCUGACUUCCGGUCGACAGCCAGCCCCAGCAGUUGGGGAACUAGACGAGAAUGGGGACGAGGUUCUUCCUCCGGGGCGGCGGACUGUACGCCCGGUCGAACAGCAACAGCUCUUGCGAGAGCGAGACGCUGAGACCAGGCGGGUUGCUAUUCUGUCAGCGCAGGAGCGGCGGGCGCUUGAGGAUGAAGCAAAGGCGAAGGAGUUGGAAAAGAAGGAGGCGGAGAAGAGGGCAGCGGCAGAGGCUCGGGCAGAAACUUUGCGGCUCAAGACGGAGGCCGCAACGUUGGCUAAAGAGAAACGGGCCGCUGAGCGGGCAGCCGCCAAGGAGGAGAGGCUUCGACAAAGGAGGGGCCUGGGGGCUCAAACGGGGCAGGGAAUGUUAGAGGCAGACGCAAAUUUAGAGGAGCAGCCGGGGGGCAGCCCCGAGCACGAGCAAGAGGAGCGCGCGGGCGCGGAGGAGCAGCCCGGGGGCAGCCCCGAGCGCGAGCAGGACGAAGGCGCCGGGGCGGAGGAGCAGCUCGGGGGCAGCCCCGAGCGCGAGCAGAACGAAGGCGCCGGGGCGGAGGAGCAGCCCGGGGGCAGCCCCGAGCGCGAGCAGGACGAAGGCGCCGGGGCGGAGGAGCAGCCCGGGGGCAGCCCCGAGCGCGAGCAGGACGAAGGCGCCGGGGCGGAGGAGCAGCACGGGCAGUACGAAGGCGCGGACGCGAAGGAGCAGCCCGGGGGCAGCCCCGAGCACGGAGCCCAUGUGAGCGCGGGCGCAGAAAAGCAGCCGGGGGGCAGCCCCGAGCAGAGCCAGAACUUAGUCGGGUGCACGGCGCAGGAACAGCGUGGGGGAGAAGCCGAGCACGGUCAAGUCGAUCGGGCGGAAGGGGGGGGUGAACACAAUCAAGGCGAGGUUGUGCGUGCGCCAGACGAGCAGGCGACAUGGGAAAGCUCGGUAUUGGGCGGCGUCGUGGUCGGCCGCAGAAAACGAAGGUCGAACCAGAAAAGGAGACCGAGGAAAGUCUUGCUCGGGUCACCAAAUGCGGAAGCGGUCACAAUUGGCAAACGCAAAAGAGCUCCUACUAGGGAUGCAAUGUUUGACUAUAAUGAGCAUUAGUUGAGUUGUCAGUUAUUUAUUGAUUCUAUCAUUUGAGUAGCUUCCAACUUUCACAUUGCACAUUAAGUAUUGAUCAAACGACCUAGCAAAUAAAAUGGAUGUAGCAUUGGCUUUCAAUGAAUG